UCCACGCGCAGCGGCACCACGAGCAGAGCGGAAUGACACCGAGAGACGCGCGUGUCCUGCUACCUCUGCUGCUCGCGCUUUGUGCGAGCGGAACCGGCGGCGGAGGAAAACUGGACAAGGACCGGGACAAGAGAAGCGACGCGGAGAGUCCGUGUGAGGUGAAGACCGUGACCGUGUCCACGCUUCCCGUGCUCCGGGAGAAUGAGUUCAGCUUCACGGGUGCAGGAUCCGGGAGUCUCGCCGGAGGAGGAGAGUCCAGACUCUUGCUUUUCGUCAGGACUGACCUGCCGGGGCGCAUCGCGGUUCUGGAUGAUCUGGACAACACGGCGCUGCCGUACUUCACCCUAGAGAUGUCUGGGACGGGUGCAGACAUCUUGCAGGUGCACUGGAAGCAGCAGUGGCUGGAGAAUGGGACGCUGUUCUUCCACGUGUCCAUGAGCAGUUCAGAGCAGCUCUCACAGGUCACACAACCUACUGUACUUGAACAGCCACGCGUCCUGCACGAACACAUGCAUCUGCUGCACAUCUCUGUGAUGGGUGGUCUGAUUGCUCUUCUUCUUCUGAUUUUGCUCUUCACACUGGUACUCUUCACCCGCCAGCACUGGUGCAGGCGUCGCCGUGCCCCUCAGAAGAGUGCAAGUACUGAGGCCACGCAUGAAAUCCACUAUAUUCCCUCCGUUCUCCUGGGCCCUCCGCAAAGCAGGGACAGUUUUCGUGGCACCAGACCCCUCCAGCACAGCUCCGUCAUAGGCAUGCCCAUCCGUGAGACACCCAUUCUCGAUGACUGCGACUGCGAUGAUGAUGAGCAACCCGGACAGCUGCUGGAUGGGCAAGCACAUCUGGAUGAUGAUUUUUGCAGUGAGGGCACACACAGCGUGGACAGCCUGGGGAAGGGAGAGGCCAACCAUAAACAUAGUAUGGAUAAUAGAGUGUUAGACCCGGAUCAGGAGAGCGUCGAGGCCCUGAUGCAGAGGUUUAAAGAGAGUUUCCGCACCACUAACACAACUAUGGAGAUAACGCACUUUCAGAAUGUUACACACAGCUCCUCCACCGGCCGGAAGAGAGAACAAUCUCACACCAGAGUUGGAGGUGUGUUUGGUCGUCAGGGAGAUUCUGGAUCAGAAAUGACUGACAACACUCAACUGAAGUUCUACACAGAGCACAGGGGCCGUCGCCGGAGCAAAGGCUGUCCACAGAGUCCGAUGAGCAAGGCCACGUUAACCCUUAUCACUGUCUGCACAUGUGUGGUGGCGGUUGUGUACGGCACACAGAAUUCAUGUCCUCUUAGCGUCAAGGUCACUCUACAUGUUCCUGAACAUUUCAUCGCUGACGGCAGCAGUUUUGUGGUGAGCAUAGGUAGUUAUCUGGAUGUCUCUAACUGGUUAAAUCCAGCUAAACUGACGCUAUACUACCAGACCAACACCUCCACACAAUGGGUGAGAGACUACUGCGGUCAGAGAACCACUGAGCCAUGUGAACAACUCUGUGACCAGGACACCGGUGAAUGCAGUUGUCUGGAAGGUUACGCCCCAGACCCAGAGCAUCAACAUCUCUGCAUUCGCACCGACUGGGGCCGCAACGAAGGUCCAUGGCCGUACUCGAACCUGGAACGAGGCUAUGACCUUGUCACUGGAGAACAGCCUCCUGAGAAGAUUUUCAGGUCGUCCUACAGUCUUGGUCAAGGCCUUUGGCUGCCAGUCAGUAAGAGCUUUGUGGUUCCUCCAGUGGAGCUGUCAAUCAACCCCAUAGCCAGCUGUAAGACAGAUGUGCUGGUUACAGAAGACCCUGGAGAAGUGCGGGAAGAGGCCAUCAUGUCCACAUACUUUGAGACAGUAGAUGAUCUGCUUGCGUCAUUCGGUCCGGUAAGGGACUGCUCCAAAGACAACGGAGGGUGCCGGAAAAACUUCAAAUGUGUUUCUGAUAGACGCAUGGACUCAACAGGCUGUAUGUGUCCAGAAGGCUUGCGGCCUAUGAAGGAUGGUUCGGGUUGCUAUGACUACUCUCUUGGCACGGACUGUACGGAUGGGUUUAAUGGUGGCUGUGAGCAGUUGUGUCUUCAGGAACUGGUUCCUCUACCUGAUGACCCCACCUCCAGCAAUGUGCUUAUGUUCUGCGAGUGUGUGCAGGAAUAUAAGUUGGCGGCUGACGGGCACAGCUGUCUUCUUCUCGCUGAUCACUGUAAAGGGCCCAAAUGCCCAAGACAAGACGUCCGCUUCAACAACACGCUCUUCCGCGAGAUGCUGCAUGGAUACAAUAAUAAAAGCCAGCAGGUUAACCUGGGACAAGUCUUUCAGAUGACAUUUAGGGAUAAUAACUUUAUCAAGGAUUUUACGCAGCUGGCUGAUGGGAUGAUGGUGAUUCCUUUGCCUGUAGAGGAGCAGUGUCGAGGAGUUUUGUCAGAACCUCUACCAAACCUACAACUUCUCUCAGGGGAUGCCCAGUUCAGUGAAGCCACAGGAUAUCCCAUGAUGCAACAGUGGAGAGUGCAGAGUAACCUGUAUAGGGUGAAACUCAGCGCCAUCACACUGUCCAAAGAUUUCUCAAAGGUCCUGAAAUCCCUGACGGCAGACAGCACACGUGACGAGCUGCUAGCAUUUAUUCAACAGUACGGCAGUCAUUACAUCUCUGAGGCACUGUAUGGCUCUGAACUCACCUGCAACAUAUAUUUCCCCAACAAGAAGAGUCAACAGCAGCUCUGGCUGCAGUACCAGAAAGAGGUCACAGAGCAGGGUGGGCGACGGGACCUGAAAGCCGUGCCUUUCAUCAGCUACCUCUCCAGCCUACUGAAGACGCAGCUGCUGUCUGAUGACCUGGUGGCCGAUGUGGAAAUACGUUGCCAGGAGAAGGGCAGCUGUCCAGCCGCCUGUCACCUGUGCAGACAAGCCGGCCGUGAGGCGCCUAGCCCGAUGCCCAUCUUGCUGGAGGUCAGCCGUGUCGUGCCCCUCUACAGCCUGGUGCAGGAUAAUAUCACCAAAGAGGCCUUCAAAAGUGCCACAAUGAGCUCCUACUGGUGUGCGGGGAAAGGUGAUGUCAUUGAGAACUGGUGCCGCUGUGACCUGACUGCUCUUGGCAAAGAUGGUCUGCCCAACUGCAGUCCACUUCGACGGCCCAUGUUGAGACUAGCUCCCCACCUGGAACCAUCUAGCACAAUGGUGGCACUGGAAUGGAUCGACGUGGAACCCCUAAUUGGCUACAAGGUUUCAGAUUACAUUAUUCAGCAUAAGCGUGUGGAGGACCCUUCGGAAGCAGAAAUCUACACAGGAGAGAUCCUGAGUCUCAUGGAUGAUCUUUUCUCAGGCUUGGGCUCCUCAUGUGUGUUAGCAGGACGAAGAAGUGGAGAACAUCCUCACAUUAUGGUCUACUCACUUGUUUUCAAGUGCCUGGAGCCUGACAGCCUUUAUAAGUUCACUCUCUAUGCUAUGGAUAGCCGUGGUAGCCAGUCAGAAGCAAGCUUUGUGACCGUUCGCACGUCCUGUUCGAUGGUGGAUGACAGCAAAGCAGAAGAGAUCGCAGACAAAGUAUACAAUCUGUACAAUGGCUACACCAGUGGAAAGGAGCAACAGACGGCCUACAACACCUUGAUGGAGAUUUCUCCACCACUUUUGUAUCGUGUACAGCAUCACUACAAUUCGCACUACGAGAAGUUUGGAGACUUUGUGUGGAGAAGUGAGGAUGAAUUGGGGCCCAGGAAGGCCCAUUUAAUCUUGAGACGAACAGAUCGAAUCAGCCUGCUCUGCCGCUCGCUGCUCCGCAGUGGAUUCAUCCAAAGCCGGACAGAGAAUGUGCCAUACAUGCUGUGUCGUAGUGAGGACAUGAGGCCUGGUGGCAAUCUGUGGCAUAGUUCACUACAUGAAAGCCGUCUAGCCUGCAUGGAGAAACUCAUAUCAGUGCAACGCAACAUAUACGGAAAGUCUAAACUACGAUGAGAUGCAGCCUUUGGGACAUUCAAAUUUCAACUUCUCUCUUAAUGGUCUCUGGCUUGGCUGUUCUUUUUUCUAGAUCCGAACAAAAGACGACUGAUUUUUGGACCAUUCCAAUGCAGUUGGGACUGAGGCGAGCCAAAGUGUAAUUUUUUUUUCUUGUAAGGAUGCCAGUUUUGAUUGAUAAGAAAGAACGCUGUGCUACUGAAGGAUGAUUUAAGACGGAAUGUAAAAUUUAACUGCAUGGUGCUGCAGAACUCAAAACCAGGAAUUGAAUUAACCUCCCUGAUACUCAAUUUAAAACAUAUCGGAAUACCUAGCCAAGCAAAAUAGGGGACCUGAUAGCUACGUGGUUGUUCUUCUUUUAUAUUCAACCUUUUUUACAUCCAUUCUAUUCAUCUUUUUAUAUGUUUUGCCACAAUAAUUUAGAUAAAAGUUUAAGAAUUGUAUCAUGCUCACAGAAAAUGCUUUUUGAGAACACAAAUAAUCUUUAGCCAGAAGAAUGCAUCCAAAUAAGUAAGAGGGGGCAUUGCUGGACAAUGAAACCAUUAGAUUCCAUUAUAGUGAAUCAUUUAAUGUAAUUGGCAAUGGGUUGUGGUAUAAGACUUAUUCUGAAGUUUUAUUCUGAAGUUUUCUGUAUUUGAUCAUGUCAGAAGAAUGUGUAUUGUUGAAAAUAAUUGACCAAACGGUAAGAAUUAAGCCUCAACUCAUAAUUUUCAGUAAUUUGCUACUGUAUAUGCCAUGCUAUAUUCAUUGUGAUGAAUUGCAAAAAAUUGUAAAUGCAGAAUGUAAAAAUAAUGUUUUUGUUUGUUUGUUUUUUUG